UAGCCUAUGCAUACUCCUUGAUGGCACGGCACACAGGCAAGCCCAGGCGACUUCAGCUACAGCUACAGUAGCUAAGCUCUUUGGCCAGCAGAGCCAAUCCCUGCGGCGUAAAUUGCGCAUCCAACGGCGCCAUGACUGGCCGAAUCAGCAUCCUCAAGCGGCCCCUUCCGCCGUCUUCUCAGGGCGACGAUGAUGGCGGUUGCGGUGCUCGGCACCUCACCAAGUUCCAGCGCAAGACGGCCAAGGGAAAAGUCCUGCGCGUAGUGCGUGAACGCUACCUGCGCUCCGACCUGGGCUGCGGCCACCCCGCGUGCGCCAGUUGUGCCGGCCACCAUGCCCAGCUGGCCGCGGCGGUGCGCUCCAGCGAGUCGCGCUCGCUUCCCCUUCUUCAGCCUGCCUCGCAUGGGCAUCGCCACCUCCUGAUCGACACCAACGUCGUACUCCACCAGAUUGACCUCCUCGAAGCGACCCUCAAGCCGUCCGCCGCAUCUUCCAGCUCAAAAGCGCCCCGCGAGACACCCGCCAUCACCUCCGUCAUCCUCUUGCAGACCGUCCUCGACGAGGUGCGGCACCGCAGCUUGCCUCUGUUCAACCGUCUGCAGGCGCUGAUCCGCGAACCGGAGCGCAACUACUGGGUCUACUGGAACGAUUUUAGCGAAGCAACGGCCAUCGCACGGACGCCAGGCGAGUCGCCCAACGAUACCAACGACCGCGCGAUUCGGGCAGCAGCACAGUGGUACGCAGCUCACUUCCGGGCCCUCUCGCCACCUGCGGGGGUCAUGCUUCUCUCGGACGAUGCCGACAAUGUUCGCAAGGCGAGGCAAGAUGGCAUCGAUGCACUGAGCGUGCGCGAAUACAUCCAAGCAUGGCCCGAUAAAGCGCAGUCCGAUCAGCUCUUCGACUUGCUCGCUGCGCGCUCAGCCUCCAACAGCGAUGAUACUGCUGCUGGGACCACUCCUCUGGAGAAGCAUGCCGUCUUCUACCCCGACCUCCUUGAUGCGGCUGAAGUCACGGCGGGGAUUACAUCAGGCGCGCUGCACUCGGGCUUCUUCAACGCCAGCCCAUACAACUACCUCGAGGCAACCAUCAAGAUCCCCCGGUUUGAUCACCCGGUCCUGCUUGUCGGGCGCCAGGCGAUGAACCGCGCCGUCGACGGCGACAUUGUUGCGAUCGAGAUCCUUCCCGAAAGCGAGUGGCGCGCAGCCGCCGAUGCAGUGCUGGAUGCAGACAAGGCGUUGCGAAACGACGAUGCCGGCGAUGCAGGUGACGGAGACGGUGAAGAGGGCGGCAAUGACCAGCCAUCCACAGGCCUUGACAACGACGAAGAGGCUGCGAUCCAGAAGCGUGAGGAAGAAGAGGCGCGCAGGACAGCGCAGGCCAAUGCCAAGGAACGCAGGCCGACCGGCCGCGUCGUCGGCAUCGUCAAGCGCAACUGGCGGUCGUACGUUGCACACAUUGAUGCGUCCUCCGUGCAUGGUGCAGUGAUCACCGCGUCGAUGGGCCAGACGUCGCUCUUUGCCACACCCGUCGAUCGUAAGGUGCCGCGUGUGCGGAUCCGGACUCGCCAGGCAAAAUCACUACUGGGCCAGAAGAUUCUCAUCGCCAUCGAUGACUGGCUUCCCACAAGCCGGUAUCCAGAUGGCCAUUUUGUGCGUGCGCUUGGCGCGACGGAAAGCAAGGAAGCUGAGCAGGAGUCGCUCCUCCUCGAGCACGGCGUAUCGUACCGACCCUUCUCCCAAGCCAUCCUUGACUGCCUGCCGCCUGAGGGCGACCAAUGGAAAGUCCCGCCCAAGGAGCUAGGCGGCCCUCACUGGCGCGAUCGCGUCGACCUGCGCGAGGAGAACAUCUGCAGCAUAGACCCGCCCGGGUGCCAGGACAUCGACGAUGCGCUCCACGCCAAGGAGCUGCCCAACGGCAACAUCGAGGCGGGCGUGCACAUUGCCGACGUUAGCUACUUUGUCAAGCCGCAGACGCCGAUGGACGCUGAGGCGGCCAGUCGGAGCACAACCGUGUACCUGGUCGACAAGCGCAUCGAUAUGCUCCCCGCGCUGCUCGGUACAAAUCUGUGUUCGCUCCGGCCGCACGUUGAGCGGCUCGCGUUCAGUGUGAUCUGGGAGCUGACGCCGGACGCGGCGGACAUUGUCAGCGUGCGCUUCCACAAGAGCGUCAUCGCGUCCAAGGCCGCGUUCACGUAUGAGGAGGCUCAGAAGCGCAAGGAUGACGUUACGCUCAACGACGCGAUCACGCGCAGCAUCCGCCUGCUCAACACGCUCGCCAUCAAGCUCAAGCAGAAGCGCCACGAUGCCGGUGCGCUCAACCUGGCCAGCCCCGAGGUGCGCAUCCACCUCGACUCGCAGGAGACGACGGGGCCGAUCGACGUGGAGCAAAAGGAGAUGCGCGAGACGAACAGCCUCGUCGAGGAGUUCAUGCUGCUCGCCAACAUCAGCGUCGCACAGCGCAACUACCAGUCCUUCCCACAGACCACCGUCCUUCGCCGGCACGGUCAACCGCCGAGCACGAACUUUGAGGUGCUGGCAGACAUUCUGCAAAAGAAGCGCGGCAUGCAUCUCGACGCGUCUUCGUCCAAAGCACUCGCCACCAGCCUCGACGCAUGCGUCGAUCCGCGCGAGCCGGCGUUCAAUACGCUCGUGCGCAUCAUGGCAACGCGCUGCAUGCUCUCUGCCGAGUACUUUUGCAGCGGCAGCGUCUCGCACGAUGCUUUCGGGCAUUACGGCCUCGCGUGCGGCAUGUACACACACUUCACGUCGCCCAUCCGUCGGUAUGCCGACGUGCUCGCGCACCGCCAGCUGGCCGCGUGCAUCAACUACAGCGGCCUGCACCCAAACCUGCACUCGAAGGAGUACGUUGAGGACGUGCUGCGCAAUGCCAACCAGCGCCAUCGCGCCGCGCAAUUUGCUGGCAGGGCCAGCGUCGAGUUUUAUGUCGGCCUCGCAAUCGCGCGUAAGAACGAGCAGCACGGCGGCGGAAAACAGGUCGGCACGGGCCAGGUUGCGCUCAAGGAGGAGGCGUUCGUCAUCCGCACCUUCAGGAACGGCGUCGCAGUCUUUGUCAAUCGGUACGGCCUCGAAGGGCUCAUCACGUUCGACAAGGACUGCGCGUUCGACGCGGAGAAUUACCAAGUUACAAUUCCGAAGGAAGUGUCGAAACUGAGCAAAGAUAUCACGAUCGGCGUCUUUGACAAAUGCAUGGUAGAGCUGGGAGUCGAAAAGGAUCGCAACACGCAGCGCGGUAAAGUCAAGAUGGCGCUUCUGGUAUAAUAAAAGUGCACGAAUAAAGUAGACUAGCACCGCGCAUUGCCUCGCA